UUAUAAAGUCCAGAUAUUCUUCAGUAUAACAUUUAACCUUGAUGAUUUCUUGUCGGAAAAUGGCUUUUUUUAAAACUGAAAAGCACAACACGUGUACAAUUGUAUCUAUUAUAUCGUCGCCUCCAUUACUGGAAACCAAUGAUUUUUCACUAUCUAAUGAGCGACCUAUAUCGCGAAUAACUAGUCAUUUAAUGACACGUAAACCAGAUCAUAAUGCAAGAGUAAGAAAUUCUUUUUGUCCAUUUAAUUUUCGUUUUGCGUUAUGGUGUAAUAACGAAACCCAAGAACAGUAUUUAGAUACAUGUGACUAUUGUACAACAAAACAAACAAAAAAAAACCGUAGCAGAUACCAAUACACAGCACUAGAACCUGAUUCAUUAGGACAAGAGCACAUGGAAUUGGAACGUAAAGCUCGUCAACAAGCUCAAAUUGCUUGCAAAUAUUACUUAAGAGUAUGUCCUCGUUAUACUCUUUUACAACAUCUGAAUGACAUAGGUUCUAGGGUAGAUAAACAUUGGUUUGUGGUACGCGAUGGAUCGGUUAAAACUGAACGACUUUUAACAUUAGUUCCUAAAAAUCCUAAAAGUGUUUUAGAAUGCACACUUCAUACAAGAGACACUAUAGUAGAUUUAUUCUUAACAUUGCAACACCCAUACAUUUACCCUGUACUAGACAUUGAAUUUGUAAAAGGAACAACUAAUCCAGAUACUACAUUUAUUACUUUAGUACUUCCAUUUAAUAGUAAAGGAAGUUUAAAAGAUCUCAUAUAUAAAAGCUGUUGGCAUGAUGACUGGAGUGAUAAAUAUGGACAGCGUAGUGAGGGUUUACCUUUAUCACAAAUUCAAAGGCUUGGAAGACAAAUUUUAGAAGCACUUUUAUUUCUUAAAAAAAAAAAAUUUCCACAUGAUUGUAAUUUACAUUCAGGAAACGUUAUAUUACAAAAUGGAGUAGCCAGAAUUACAGGACUUGAAAAUUCAUUAUUAGGCUUUACUUCAAGAAUACAUCCAUUAAUUAUGAGUGGCAAUUUAGAAUUGGAUGAUUUUUCAGCGGUUGAUGUAGUUUGUUUUGGACAUGUAUUAUUUGAAAUGGCAGCUGGAUAUGAAUUGGUAACGCCAGAGCCUAGUGAUAUAAACCUAAAUGACAUUGCUCACUAUCCUCAAGUUGUAGAAAUAACAAAUUUGAUAUUCAAAAAUUCUAAUAAUUGCGUGCCUACUAUAGAACAACUUGUAAUGACAGAGUUUUUCAGAAACAUUGAUCUCAGAGAAAUGCGAGCUAAAUCUUGGCCAGUACUACAAGCUAGAAUGACUCCCUCUUCAUCCCAAUUGCUAGAAUCUGUAAGAAACAGGAACAGUUGCAAAAUUGAUAAAUGUCCUGAAAAUCAUAAUAAUUCUUUGGAAAUGGAAAAAAAUAAAGAUAAUUUACAAAACCGAAAGUUUUCAAUGUAUGAGAAGUGGAGGAGCAAGAGUUGUGAAGAUGAAAAAUAUUGUCAUGCAAAAGAAAGAAAAUCAGUUUUUGAUAACAGAGAUAAAGAUCCAAUGGAACAUCGUAGUUUAUCAUUAUAUCAUAGACAACAAUCAUUAGACUUUCAACUUUUGGGCUAAUUAUCAUCUAUUAUAUAUUCUAAUUACUUUAAUCUGAUUUUUCUUUAAGUAAAAAUGAAAAAUUAUAUACAUAGGAAGUAUUCAAAAUAUAUUUCUUUUAAGCUUACCAACUUAUCAAUUAACAUCUUCUGAGUCAAACUCUGCAUAUGGAUCUUUAAACCAUGACUCAUUAAUAUAUUUGUCCAACCAAUCCUAUAAAUAAAAAAACAUUAUUAUCAUGUAAUUUCUUGUAUUAUUUUUAAAAUUAAAAAAAGUUUUUUUAUGAA